AAAUAACUAUCUAUAAAAACAAAUAGUUAGUUUUUAAAUUCAUUCUAUCAAUAUUAUAUUAACAAAUUACCACGCACUCGUUAUAAAUUAUUGGAUUAGUUCUUUUAUACUAUUGGAUUAGUUUAUGUACACCAUAAAUCUAAACAAGAAAAUAAACAAAUAAUUUGUAACCUAAUUCACAACAUACAAAGGACAAAAUAGUUAUUUCGUUGAUAAAUUGAAUAUAUUUAUUAUUUAUUUCGUUGUCUAUUAUGGUUAAAAAAAAAGUUAUUUAUCUUCCGUAUGAAGUAAAUCCACUAAUAAAGUUUGUUAGAUGGACAUUUUUAAUUGUUGGAGUGGUUUGUGGAUUUAAAAAUCAGAAAAAAUAUCAUAUUUUGGAAAGUGCAUUACGCGAAGAAGAAGAAAGAUUACGACCUAUAAGAGAAGCAGAACUUGCACGAGAAAAAGCAAUUCGCGAUGAAAUCGAAUUACAAGAGUUGGAAAAAUUAUUUCUUAAUACAUCUUUCGUUGAAAAGAAUCAAGAAAAUCUUUUUAACGAGGAAUGAGAUAUUAAAAAUAAUGACAAUAUAAAGAAAACAGUAAAUAUUAAUGAUCUAUUAAAUCUG